GUUAAAUUUUUUUUGAGCUUAAUUAUUAAUUAGUCGAAUUGCCUAUUUGUAUGUUGCCUAUUAAUUAGUAGAAUCACCUUAAUUUUGCUGUCUGCUUGCCUAUUGCACUACUGUUGUAACAGUAGCUUAAGAAUGAAUAAUAGCAAGCGGUGUUUGUAACAGUAGCUUAAGAAUAAAUAGGUGGUUAAGCAGUAGUUAUGAAUAAUGUCUGAACAUUGUAUAGAUAGCAAGCGGUGUACUUUUGAGCAAAUGAAUGAUAAUAAAUAAAUUCCGGUCCUCUAGUUCUCUGUUAACAGGAACUCUACAUAAUUUAUAAAGCUUUCUUUUUUUUUUUUUGAAGGAAUGGCAGUGUUAAGAAUUGGUAAUAGACUUCCGACUCUUUGCAAGACAUACGAGACUCUUAAUAGUGAUAUAAAAGAUAUAGUCGAUGAAGCGAUAGACUCUAAUAGGGAUGGAAGCUGUCUUCUCCGGCUACUGAAAAUAGCCGAAGGAAUUGAGGAGAAAAAUCUGAACUCACUUAAUGGUGUAAUUCAAGUGGCGUUGGACCACUUUGAAAUAAUAGAUGAUACAAUUGAUGCAUAUGGGUUCGUUUUUGGAAACGACAUCGUAAUGAACCCUACAUUAGAGGACGUCUUAUUCUUGACUGGUUUGCCUAUCUCUGGUGAGGCACUGAUCCCCAACUAUAGCCGAGACCCUGAUGCUUUUCGUCGUGUUUUUGGGGAUGAGGUCGUCAACAACCUCGGACUAACCGGUACAACUUGUCCUCUAAACAAAUUAGACUUGAUUGCAAAUGAUGGCACCUUGGAUAGAGAAAGAAGGUUGAUUGCGGUCUUAUUAAAGAUCAUCCACUGUGUCAUCAUCCCUUCGCAUGACGGUCACUCAUGCAAGUGCACAUAUGUUCAAUUCGUAGAAGAUCUGACGAAGGUGAACAACUAUGCAUGGGGAGCCGCACUUCUAGCCUUCCUCAUGUACGCGAUGAAGAAAAAGAAAGAAGCGGAAAGUUUGAAUAACAUCAAGGGAUUUACUCCCAUUCUUGUGGCAUUCUUCUUAUAUCGGAUCCCAAAACUCCAAACGCAGCUUGGUGUUCAAGUUGAGGAAAGGAGUACACCAAGCUUACUCCUUAGCCCAGUUUUGAGUGCCCUAAGGGAUGUAUGUCACGUGAAGAGGGGCAUAGACACCAAGACGCGACAAUGGUAUCACUUGCUCUCUGACGAGCUGAAAUCUGCUGCAACUGCCGGCGCAUUUCACGCACCUCCUCCCCGAGCCUCAAGCACCCGACACAAGCGUCCUUAG